CCAGACCUUUCGUUCGGCUGCUGUCUAGUUCGGGGGCGGCGGAGGAGGAGGAGCCGGCCUAUAAAGGGCGCUCUGCGGCCGCUGCGCCAAGGACCGUGCGGGCGGGCAAGGAGGACCGGAGCAGUGCUGAGGUCUCUGGGAAUUCUUUCUGGAGGCAAGAUGACCCCCCGUUUCCUGCUCCCCCUGCUUGGGCUUCUCCUUUUCCUGGAGGGGGGCUUUUGCCUUGUUCCUCCUGACAAAUUGCAUCAAAUGUCUGAAACGGGGAGUAAGUACAUUGACAGGGAGGUGGAGAACGCCAUCAGUGGAGUCAAGCAGAUGAAAAUCCUCAUGGAUGAAACAAAGAAAGACCAUCAGCAGAUGCUGAACACUUUGGAAGACACAAAGAAGAAGAAAGAGGAGGCCCUCUUCCUCGCCAAGGAGACUGAGAAGCAGCUGACCUCAAAGCAGGAGGUCUGCAAUGAGACCAUGCUGGCCCUUUGGGAAGAGUGCAAGCCUUGCCUGAAGCAGACCUGCAUGAGAUUCUACUCCAGGACAUGCCACAGUGGUGCCGGCCUGGUCGGCAGGCAGCUGGAGGAGCUUCUAAACCACUCCUCUCCUUUCUCCAUCUGGGUGAAUGGAGAGCGUGUUGACUCUCUGAUGGACGAGACUGAAGAGCAAGGCCGGAGAUUGCAUGACCUGGAGGAACGCUACAGCAUGGUGGCAGAUGGUGUGGACGACCUCUUCCAAGAGAGCAGGCUGGCCUCUGGGCAUCUCCCCCCUUCUUUCAGCAGCAUCUUUGAUAACUGGUGGAAUCCUUUCCGUAGCCGCUUCCCUUUUACUGGGUCCAGAGUCGCCAGAAAUGUCCAUUCUCUCUUUCCUAGCCGUCUUUUCCCCACUUACGACUUCUCCCAUCUUUUCAAGCCGUUGUUUGACACUUUUGAGAACGAUCCAUGGCUGGGGGGAAACCACGAAAGUUGGAUGGGUGGAUUCCCAACAGAGGCUCGCAAUUUCAGCAACAACCGCAUGGUGUGCCGCGAGAUCCGUCGAAAUUCCUCCGGCUGCCUGAGGAUGAAGGAGAAGUGUGAGAAAUGUCAGGCAAUUUUGGAUGUGGAUUGUUCCGAGACAGAUCCAAAUCAGAGCCGACUCAGAAAGCAUUUUGAGGAUGCUCUGCAAAGAGCUGAACAGUUCAGCCGGAUGUACGAUAAUCUCUUCAAGAACUUCCAAGAGGAAAUGUUCAAUACCACAAGGCUUCUUGACCAACUCAAUUCCCAGUUUGGUUGGGUCUCUCGCCUAGCCAAUAUCACCCAGAACUACGACAGGCCUUUGCAGGUCACCACGAUUCUUUCCAGAUCCUCCAAUCCAGAGGACCCAUCCAGACCAUCUGACACCGAGGUGACCAUCCGACUCUUUGACUCAGAGCCUCAGCACCUGACUGUGCCAGGAAAUAUUCCUUGGGGGGAUCCCAGGUUCAUGGAAAUAGUGGCAGAAAAGGCACUACACAAUUUCAAGGGCAAUGAAGUGCUGUAACUGUUUCUGCCACUUGGAUCUUCAGCCGUGACAAGGGAGAGAAAGAAGCCAUAGCCUUCUGCCAUUCCCGCCUUCCUGCCUCGUAGCUGCCGUAGCGCCACAGCAGAGCUGCGCCCACUGAGUCCCAUCUGAUUGCACUUGUAGUUCAUACACUGUGUCGCCUGCCCUACUUUUGCUGCUGGGUCUUUGCUGACCCACAUCUGAAAUAAAAGAUUUAAGCCUACCGUUGUA